AUGGAGUCUGUGAUUGAUAUGAGUGAGUGUGCACCACAUCAGAGGGUCAAGUAUGUAGUUGGGUCCCUCACCGAUAAAGCAUUGACUUGGUGGAACACUCAGUUGCAAGUUAGAGGAAGGACUGCUGCUGUAGCUAUGCCAUGGGAAGAGUUUAAGGGACUGAUGUUGAAGAAGUUUUGUUCGGAAGUGGAAGUUAGUAGGUUGGAGAGGGAAUUUGGAGAACUUAAGAUGACUGGAGCUAAGCACGCAAAGUACACUAGUCGAUUUGAAGAGUUGUCCAGGCUUGUUCCGCAUCUAGUGACACCGGACUCCAAGGGUAUUCAGAAGUACAUCUCAGGCUUGAUUCCUCAGAUUAGAUUGACUAUGGCAGGGACGACUCCCACUACUAUGCAUGAAGCAGUGUUGAGAUCAGAGGCUAUUACUGAUGAGUUGGUUCAGAGUGGAGUUCUAAGUAAGUCAAGUGAGAAGAGGAAGGAUUGGGGGGAGACAAGCAAAUGGAGGGGUGACAAGAAGGAUAAAAGGGCCAAGACUGGGAAGGUGUAUGCAGCGACUGAGAUGGUUCAAAAGAGUUAUGUGGGCCCGCACCCCCUUUGUGGCAAGUGUAAUCUGCACCAUUUGCCAACAUCACCAUGUAAGACUUGUUUCAACUGUCAGAGGUUUGGUCAUCUUGCUAGAGAUUGUAGAGCACCACGAGUACAAGUAGCCCCACUGAAUGUUGCACCGUUGAAUGCCAUUCCACCCAAUGCCAGAAACCUUCAAGGUAACCGAGGAACUUGUUAUGAGUGUGGGAGCACUGACCACUAUCGUAACACAUGCCCCCGAUUCAACCGACAGCCAGCCCCAACAACCGUGAACCGUAACCAGCUGCAGAUUGCCGGUCCACCUCAACCAAGAGCAAACCAAGGCCAGCAAGCCAGAGGUCGAGUCUUUGCCCUAAAUGUCGUGGAAGCCGCAAACGACCCUAACGUCGUCACGGCCGACUAUAGUUUUAUGUCUACUAACUUUCUGUGUAACUUAAAUGUGCCAACCUGUUACUUGCAUACUUGUUACGAGAUUGAGGUAGCUAGUGGUAAACUAGCUAGGCUAGACAGGGUAGUGCCUAAGUGUAUACUUACUUUAGAGGACUACUUGUUCUAUAUUGAUUUGAUUCCUUUCGGAAUGGGUAGUUUUGACGUUAUCGUUGGGAUGGAUUGGUUUUCCCGUGUGGAUGCAUCCAUCGUAUGCCGCGCUAAGAUUCUUAGAAUACCUAUAAGUGACGGGCAGGUGUUAGAAAUUCACGGCGAGCGAACAGAAACCGUUGACCGACAUCUUAAGAGUGCUACUGAUAAGGUAGCCAGGAUUUCUGACAUUCCUAUCGUAUGCGACUUCCCCGAUGUUUUUCCUGAUGAUGUGGUAGGAUUACUCCCACCUAGACAAGUUGAGUUUUGCAUUGAUCUAGUACCUGACGCUGCGCCAAUAGCAAAGCAACACAAUUGCAAGAAUUACAAGAUAAGGGAUUCAUUCGACCGAGUUCUUCGCCUUAGGUUGCAAGGCGCCAAGUACUUCUCUAAGAUCGAUCUUCAUUCGGGCUAUCAUCAGUUAAGAGUACGUGAAGAGGACAUACCAAAGACGGCCUUCAGUACAAGAUAUGGGCAUUUUGAGUUUUUGGUAAUGCCAUUUGGAUUGACAAAUGCGCCUGCUGUUUUCAUGGAUCUCAUGAACCGCGUGAAGUUUUUGGGUCAUGUAGUUAACAAGGAUGGGAUAAAGGUUGAUCCCAGCAAAAUAGAAGCGGUGGAGAAAUGGAGAAGGCUAGAGACACCGACAGAGAUCCGACAGUUCCUUGGAUUAGCAGGCUACUAUCGACGAUUCAUAGAAAACUUCUCAAGGAUCACACAACCCUUAACGCUGUUGACACACAAGGAUAGAAGUUUUGAUUGGGGCGAGAAACAAGAAGAAGCUUUCAGACUACUGAAGGAGAAGUUAUGUAACGCGCCGAUCUUAAGUCUCUCUGACGGAUCUGAUGACUUUAUCGUUUAUUGUGACACAUCGGGUCAACGCUUAGGGUGUGUAUUGAUGCAGAAAGGCAAGGUUAUUGCGUAUGCUUCUCGACAGCUGAAGAUCCACGAGAAGAAUUAUACGACACACAAAAUUUGGAGUUAG